GGGACCAGCGGAAGAAAUAGAUACUGGGAGGACGCCUGUGGACGGCGUCUGAGGUUCGGGGGCAGUCAUGAACCGGCUCCAAGACGACUAUGACCCUUACGCAGUUGAAGAGCCAAGCGAUGAGGAGCCGGCUUUGAGCAGUUCUGAAGAUGAAGUGGAUGUGCUUUUACAUGGAACCCCUGACCAAAAACGAAAACUCAUCAGAGAAUGUCUUACUGGAGAAAGUGAAUCAUCUAGCGAAGAUGAAUUUGAAAAAGAAAUGGAAGCUGAAUUAAAUUCUACUAUGAAAACAAUGGAGGAUAAAUUAUCCUCCCUGGAUACAGGGUCUUCCUCAGGAAAUGGGAAAGCUGGAACAGCUCUGACAAAGUACUAUGAUGAUAUAUAUUUUGAUUCUGAUUCUGAGGAUGAAGACAAAGCAGGACAGGUGACCAAGAAAAAAAAGAAGAAACAACGCAGGAUUCCAACAAAUGAUGAAUUAUUAUAUGAUCCUGAAAAAGAUAACAGAGAUCAGGCCUGGGUUGAUGCACAGAGAAGAGGCUACCAUGGUUUUGGAAUACAGAGGGCACGUCGCCAACAACAGCCUGUUCCAAAUAGUGAUGCUGUCUUGAAUUGCCCUGCGUGCAUGACCACAUUGUGUCUUGAUUGCCAAAGGCAUGAAUCAUACAAAACUCAAUAUAGAGCAAUGUUUGUGAUGAAUUGUUCUGUCAACAAAGAGGAGGUUCUAAGAUACAAAACCCCAGAGAACAAGAAGAAAAAGCGAGGCCGUAAGAAGAUGAGGUCUAACCACGAAGAUCCUACAGAGCAGGCAGAGACAGAAGUGGAAGAAAUCUAUCACCCAGUUAUGUGCACCGAAUGUUCCACUGAAGUGGCAGUCUACGACAAGGAUGAAGUCUUUCAUUUUUUCAAUGUUUUAGCAAGCCAUUCCUAAAUAGUGAAGUUGGCAUUUAAUUGCCCAAUACUGUAUAUAAGGCAAAUAUGGACAGUUUUUUUCCUCCUGCCUAUUCAUAUCAAGUGACAUUCUGGAUGGUAAUUUGAGGAAGCAGUGUUUUAUUCUUUUUGUAAGAGAAUGGUUACCAAUCUUCAUUCCUCCCCCUUCUUUAAAAAAAAAUUAGUCCCAACUCUGUUGGGAUUGAUUAUUCAUUCCCCUUUUGAUGGACAUUGGAAACUUGGGGCUUUUUAUUUAUUAAAGCUCUUUAGAAUUAAAAUGUGCUGGAGUUAAAAAUAAAAAAAAAAAAAA